AUGAAACUUUCUAUCUUUGUCGCCUCAGCCGCCAUCGCCUCUGCAGCAGCAGUUCCAGUUGCUCGUGAAACCCAAGCUGUUCCAGACUUGCUCCAGAACCUUGGCUUGACUCAAGACCAACAAUCAGUCCUCGGAAAUUUGCUCAAGGAUCUCGGUCUCGUACCACAAGAUUUAUCUUCAAGCAAGCGUGAGGCUGCCAUCUCAGAGAUUCAAGCCGGCCUCUGA